AUGGAGGAGCUACAAGCAGGUCCUGUGAUCAGCUACACCAAUCAGGUGACAGCUAUCCGGAAUAAUUCCGGCAUCCAUGGCUUAUCCUGCCCCGGCCGCGAGCUUAAGGUGUCCGCUUAUACGGACGACUCGCUUUUCUCGGUUUCUCAGCCGGUUGUCUCGCUUCCGCACAUCCAUGACGCGUUGGGGGUUUACAGCUCCCUCUCCCAUUUCAAGAUUAAUGUGGACAAAUCAGAAGUUCUGGAUGUUUCCUUGUCCACUGCGGAGUCUCGGGCUAUUCUUCGCUCUCGAUGUUCUGAAGAUUGUCCUCCUGGCUAUAGACGGAUUUUGCACAAAGGAAAGCACACCUGCUGCUUUGACUGCGUCUCUUGCUCGCCUACUCCCUGUAACCUUGUCCCUGGUGUUUUAAUGAAAGAUGGAGAAUCUUGCGAAAAAUGUCCUGAAAACCAACAUCCUAAUGAGAAGAAGGAUAAAUGCGUUCCAAAACCCAUUGAAUUCUUGUCCUACAAAAAGGAUUCAGUUGCAUCAGUAUUUGGCUCUAUAUCCGUUUUCAUGUCUGUCAUAGCCUCUGUUAUUUUGGGGAUAUUUAUUUUAUACCAGGACACCCCCAUUGUCAGAGCUAAUAAUCAGAACCUCAGCUUCCUGCUCCUGGUCUGCCUCAUCCUGAGCUUCCUCUGUGUGUUUCUGUUCCUCGGUCGUCCUGUGGAUAUAACCUGCAUGCUGCGGCAAACUGCUUUUGGGAUCCUCUUCUCAUUAUCUGUGUCUUCUCUGUUGGCCAAGACCAUCAUGGUCUGCAUCGCUUUCAAAGCCACCAAACCCGGCAGCACUUGGAUGAAAUGGAUGGGAAUCAAAAUACCCAACGGUGUUGUGUUUGUCUGCUCAUUUAUUCAGGUUGUAAUUAGCAUCUGCUGGUUGUCUAUUUCUCCUCCGUACCAGGAAAUGAACACUCACUCCUACCCUGGAAAGAUCAUUAUUCAGUGUAAUGAGGGGUCAGUGGUUGCCUUUUACGCUGUUCUGGGGUACAUGGGCUUCCUGGCCGCUGUGAGUUUCGUUGUUGCUUUCCUGGCCAGAAAAUUACCGGACAUUUUUAAUGAAGCCAAAUACAUCACCUUCAGCAUGCUGAUCUUCUGUAACGUCUGGAUCUCUUUUAUCUCGGCUUAUUUGAGCGUUACGGGGAAAAACUCCGUCAUCGUUGAGAUUUUUGCUAUAUUAGCUUCUAGCGCUGGAAUUCAAUGCUGUAUAUUUUUUCCAAAAUGUUAUAUUAUUUUGAUGAAACCGAGCAUGAACACAAAGAGACAUUUACUAAAGCAGGGGUUGUAG